AUGGAGGCCGCUCGUUCUGUGCUUGGGAUUCUGGUGUGGGCCACCUACCCUAUGCUGGUGACCUCCCUCGCAACAGUGGCCAUCCCCAAGACCCCCGAAACAAUGGCCAUCCCCAAGCAGCUGCAAGAAGCUGUGGGGAAAGUGGUGGUCAACACCACCACUUGUUCUGUCACCUGUGGCCUUGGCUACAAGGACGAGACCGUCUGUGUGGUGGGCCCCGACGGGGUGAGGAGGAACUGCACGUCCCAGCGCCAGGAGUGCCUGAGCAGCUGGAGCUGCGGGAUGCUGCAUUUCACCGUGCUCAAGGGCAGCGUGUUUGAGCUCAGCUGUCUCAGUGCGGAUAUCCUACAGGUCGGGGAGGAAGCGUUCCGCUUCACCUGGAAAGUCGCUCGGGGUGUCAUCUCCAUUAACGACCUGAUCUUCAAACCCUACCGAUCCAACUCGCACUUUCUCCUGUUCAAGCCCGUGCUAGAGGCUCACGCGGGGACUUACCGCUGCGAUGUGCAGCAGCUGAAAAACUUGAGGCUCGUCAAGAGGCUCUAUUUUGGGGUGAGGGUCCUUCCACCCAAACUGGUGAACCUGAAUUUUGACCAGUCCCUUACUGAGAGUCAGAAGUUGCUAGAUAAGGGCUUGGAAGUUAAUCUAGACAACGAUUCCAGGCCUUCCAAACCAAAGUGGCGAAAGAAGGUGACAUGGACCCUGGGCUCAGGUGCUGCCAUUGGAGUGUUUGUUGGGGUUUUGUUGAGCGUUGUUCUCUGCAAAGUUGUGGAUGCGCUCUAUGGCACAGAGAGCCCGAACUAG